AUGGCCGCCCCACGUAGCGCCGCUCUCAAAAUCGACUGGACCAAGGUCACCAGCUCGCUGGGCCUCCGUGGCCAGACCGCCGCGUCGCUGCAGGCUUUCAAGAAGCGUAACGACGAUGCCCGCCGCAAGGUUACCGUUCUUUCGGAGCAGCCCCAGACCAUCGACUUCUCGUUCUACCGCAAGACGCUGAAGAACCAGGCCGUCGUCGACGAGAUCGAGAACCACUUCAAGACCUUCAAGCCCGCUUCUUACGACGUCAACCGCCAGCUCAAGGCCAUCGAGGCCUUUGAGGCCCAGGCUAUCAAGAGCGCUGAGGAGACCAAGGGCCGCGUUGAGGCUGAGUUGGUCAACUUGCAGAAGACCUUGCAGAACAUUGAAACUGCCCGACCAUUCGACGAGCUCACAGUUGACGAGGUUGCUACCGCCCAGCCCGAGAUCGACGAGAAGACCGCCUCACUUGUGUCCAAGGGCAAAUGGAUGCCAGCUGGAUACAAGGAACGAUUCGGCGACCUUUCCAUUGUUUAA